UGCACACCUUUCCCUGUUGUAAUUAUUUAAAUUUAGGAGAUAUAAUUUUUAAACAUCAAAUCUUUUGUUUAAACACUUGAAUGAUGUAAGCCAGUAUGUAUUGGUCAACUGAUUGGCUGAAUCUCUUUUUAUGAGUUUAAUCAAUAAAAGGAGAAACGAGCAAAGCUUAAUUUUCAUAUUUGCAGCAGCAACAUGAGCAUUUUUUACCAUUCAAUAAUGAAGAUAAGUAGCAGGGAGAGAACACACCUUUCAUCUUUAAUGUUGAUGUUGCUCUGCUUGCAGAUAUAUACAAAAGCUCAAGAAGAUUUAGCCUACAAGGAGAUCCCAGUGGGAGUGAUUCUAGAUAUGGGAUCAUCAUAUUCAUAUUCAUAUUCUGGGGUUGGAAAGGCUGUUCAUAGCUGCAUCACCAUGGCAGUGUCUGAGUUUUACAUGGUCAAUCCUCACUUCCAAACAAGGAUAAUUCUUCACCACAGGGAUACCCAUGGAGACCCACUGCAUGCUCUCUCUGCUGCUCUUGAUCUUUUGGAGAAGCCAAAAGUGGAAGCAAUCAUAGGUUCAGAGUCAACAGCCGAAGCAAAGUUGCUGGCAGUAUUGGGAGACAAAGCUAGAGUGCCCAUUCUUUCACUUUCACCAUGUCUAUCUUGCAACAAGCAUCCGUAUUUCCUUCAAGUUGCACACGAUGAAACCACUCAAUUUAAAGGGAUUGCUGCAAUGGCUGAAUCCUUUAGAUGGAAGGAAGUUACUGUUAUCUGUGAAGAUAGUGAGAAUGGGAGAGACAUGACUACAUUCAUGACCAAUACAUUCCAAAAGAAGGGUAUAAUUGCAACACAUUGGAGCCUAAUUUCAACCUCUUCUAGCAAUGAACUACUCCAGGAAGAAGUUCACAAGCUUUUGAGUAUGCAAACAAAAAUAUUCAUCAUGCAUGCAUCCCCUUCUCUUGCAUCCCGCAUUUUGGUGAAUGCAAAGUAUCUUGGAAUGAUGGAUGAAGGAUAUAAAUGGGUUAUCACCAGUAAGACUAUGGACUUUCUGAAUUUAAUGGAUGAUGAAGUCAUUGAGUCUAUGCAAGGGGCAGUGGGCUUUAAAUCAUACGUUCCACAAUUAAGGGAUAUCCACAAAUUCACUUCUAGAUGGAGAAAAGAAUAUGAUCAUGCUAAGAACCAUGUGAUGGUGAAGCUCAAGGAGAUUAAUACUUAUGAUAUUUGGGCGUAUGAUGCAGUUUCAGCUCUAGCAAUGGCUGUUGAGAGGAUACAAGCUGAUGAACUGAAGAUUAAAGAAGAUUUGGAGACGAGUGGCUUGACUGAAAAGGGUAGGACACUUCUGAAUCAGAUGUUAAGCAAUAGGAAGAUGAAUGGUGCACAAGUCAUGGAAAUUAUAAAUGUGAUAGAUAAAGGAGAAAAGAGGGUUGGGUUUUGGAGAAGGGAUGCUGGUUUCACCAAAAAGAUUGGUGAGCUCAAGUCAUUUGCUGAUGAGGGGCUGGAGGCCAUCAUCUGGCCAAGAGGUGUCAGUGUCACAACUAAUUCAAUGCAUAAUAGGAGGAGGAUGCUACUACUACAAGUGAAUAAGGAAAUCCUGAGAAUCGGCGUUCCACCAAAAUUCAAACCAAAUGGAGUUUUUCAAGUGAAGCAUGUCCUGAAACUAAUUCAACAGUCGUUUCAGGGUUUUGUGUUCCAAACUGCCUUCACUGCAUUAGAUCUCAAUGUAUCCCUUCAAUUUAUUCCAUUCAUGGAUGCAUAUCGAAACUACAACAAUCUUCUACAUCGAGUCUAUACUGGGGAAUUUGAUGCUGCAGUUGGAGAUAUAACAAUCACAGCUAACAGGUCUCGAUACGUUGACUUUACAUUACCAUUCACGGAUCUUGGCAUUGGACUGCUGUCUCGAAACACCGAUCCAAGCAUGUGGAUCUUUAUGAAACCGCUGAGUUCAGAUCUGUGGCUUGUGUCUGCUUGUUUCUUUAUAUUACUCGGUUUUGUCAUUUGGAUUCUUGAACAUCGGUCGAAUGAAGAGUUUCAAGGUUCACCAUCAGAACAGAUUGGAACAACCUUAUGGUUUGCUUUUUCAACCCUUGUUUAUGCUCAUAGGCAGAAGCUGAAGAGUAAUUUGUCAAGAUUUGUAGUGACUGUGUGGUUGUUUGUAGUGCUGGUACUUGCUUCCAGCUACACUGCAACAUUGAGUUCGCUGUUAACCAUUGAACAAAUUCGGUUAGCAUCAAACAGAGACAUAAUUGUAAGCAACUUAAUUGGAAACAAAGAUCGUUUCCUUCUGCCAUUUUCUACUUCAGAGGAUUAUGCUGAUGCUUUGUCACAUGGAAGCAAGAAUGGUGGUGUCGAUGCAAUUUUAGAUGAAAUUCCAUACCUAAAGGAAUUCCUUGUGCAGUAUCCAUCUGGCUACUCCAUGGCCGUGUAUGAAAUGAUCACCAAUGGUUUUGGUUUUGUGAGUGUCUUCCCUACACUCACUCUACCAUUUAUUUAUUCGCCCUUGGUCCCUGAGUUAUCAAGAGAGAUAUCCAGACUACGAGAAGACGGGACUUUAAAAAUGUUGGAUAAUAAGUGGUUUAAAUCAAAUUCACAGUCAAUGGAUUCUGAGCCUGUAUUGAAGAUCCUAAACCUAAAAGAGUGUCGUGGUCUUUUUCUUAUAAGCGGGGUUUCAAUGACUCUCGCCCUUUUCAUAUUCUUGCUUUAUUUUAUUCACGACAAACUGUAUUUCACAUACACAAUGCUCUUUGGAGGAAAGCUUGCAUUCAUCAUGAGGAUUCUCAACCCUAAAACUGGUGGUCGAAAUUAACAACUACAACUACAACUAUAUACGGCAUUUGUCUUUUCUCUAUUUAUUCAUUCGACUGCUACUACUCUUUAUUUCUUUUGCUCUUCCUAGCGUCUUGUUAAUGUUGGGUUUAAUCCAGAUUCUCUUGUACUUGUUAUUUUUAGGGGUAGGCAUGAAGAUUCAUCAGUAAAAUUGAUCAUCUCUUGUGGCCAAUU